AUGCGCCCCCGAAACAGAUGUCGUCGUUGUUUCCGUCCGAACCGAUUCAUCGAGGCGUACCGCGCAUAUCUCGGAAAACAGCAGCCCAUAGAGGUUUUGGAGCAAAAGCUGAACGCGUGUGACCGAUCGAUUGUGGAGAACGAUCCGACGGAGCAGCCGGCGAACCUCGAGCAUUCGGAAGACUUCAAAAUGGCCGUCUGGGCCAUCACCGACACCCAAUGCCAAUUUUUUCUCGAGCGCUCGAGCCACCGACUUUCCGGAGCUCUCAAUGCUCUCCGCGACUUGCUAGAGGUAUCACGGAGCGCAGAGGCCGAACACAAUUUGAGUUUUUCCAGGCAUUUCCAGAAUAUCGAGACUAUCAAAAUUACCAGCUCUGUUUCCAAUUCCACACUGGUCAAAUUUAUCAACUGGUCCGCUGGCUCACGCUUCGAUCGGCCGUUCCGCCGGUUCCGAAGGACCUGAAACUGAGCGACCGGCUCUUCCACCAGAGUCUGAAGAAGGGCGAGCACGUCAUCUGGUGGGCGGACGCCGCCCGUGACUUCCACAUCCCCGAACUGCUCGACUACUUGCGCGAGAAGGUGGUCAACCGAUGGGAGUACAAGGGAAGAGGGUGGUCGCCGUACAAAGAUACCGUCGAGAAGUUGAGCCGACGAAGCCUCGAGGACGGUUAUGAAGAUCAGAAGAUGGUCUUGGGGACUGGACCGUUCUGGACGGACUAUUCCAUCUUCAAGUGGCACGAUCGGAUGAAAGUGCUCGGGCUGGAUCUGUACGGAGACCCACUCGAGUGGAAUCGUCAAAUCCUGCUCCCUCCGCUCGUCCGUGCUCAUUAUGUGACACCUCCGCCGACGCCAUCGACCGACUCUUCCACGUCUCCGCCGCCCCCGUACAAAGCGGAAUAA